CGGGAAUCGGGUCGGGCGGGACGCACCUCAACUGUGUGAGUUGUAAUUCGCCGUGGAAAACGUUCAGCUCUUGGCUGCGAUGCUAGCCACCACAACUGCGCGCUGCCCAAGACUUCUAAUGCACACAUGCGCAUGAUCCGGGUUGGAUGGAGAAGGAGGGGUGCCAAAAGAGAUGCGGAGACGUGUCCGCGAAGUUUAGUGACACGUCAGAGUGUUGUAGUGAUCGAAUGUGGAAGUUGCUGCGGUGUACUUGCCUUCUCUUUUGCGGCCUCGUGCCUGCAUGUGCGCGUUUACCUAUGCAAAAUGGCGGAUUCGUAGCUCAGAGUCAACAGAAGAAUUAUAGAGGUACAAAGGUGCUAUUUGGGGUGAAUGUAGGAAGAACUACUGCUACUGACGUUCGCUCUUGCUUGAUUGAUUUGGCCGCUGCCAUCUUCCACUCAGACAUGAAUUGCGUCUCGCGUAUUACUACUACUCAACCACACCAGAAACCCACAGCUCACAGGCUGUGACAUAUCGGAACGGCGUGAAAUAAACGUACUAAACUAUAGAAGAGGGGUAUGCGCAAUUUCAAUAAGCAAUGCCAAACAAACGGAAGGUACAAAAAUGCAUGCAGAUUCGGGGACGAACUCGACGGACAUAGUAAAGGUUUGGGUAUGGGUACAAGAUGUCCAAGUAAAAGUGUAGGAAGAAGAGAA